AUGGAUCAGCAACUGAAGAAAAGACUAAGGGGGAGUUUCCAUGAGGAAGAUGAUGAAAAAGGCCUCUGUGAGACUAUGCCAACCCAAGUCAAACUGAGCCAGGGACAACCAGCCAAAAAGCAACCUGAUAAAUCAAUGUGGACAAUAUCUGAUGAAGGUGUAUUUUAUGAGACCAGCCUUCAGGUUGUCGAAGAUGACUCUUUUCCUGACUGUUACAUAGAAUGUAUAAUAAAAAGUGAAAUUUCUGAGUCCAUCCUAGAAGAGGAGGACUUAAUUAAGUCCCUACACUGUCUGAGUGACGAGUCAGAACAAGACAUUGCUCAAAAGGAUGUUGGAGACAACACCUCUCUCGAGUGUCCUUUGGAAUCUGUGAAGGAGGAGAAAAAAGAAUGUCCUCAGAAGAUUGUCAGGGAGUAUUCUGAGUACAUGACUGGCAAGAAAUUUCCUCCUGGUGGAAUACCCGGCAUUGACUUAACUGAUCCUAAGCAGCUGGCAGAAUUUGCUAAAAUAAAGCCAAGGAAAAAUCCAGGAUGUGAUGAUCUGGAAAUUUUCAUGUGUCCUCAGAUUGGAUGCAAAAGAAAGUUUAGAGAUAAAGCCUCCCUGAGAAAGCAUAGGCUAGUGCAUGGUCCGCGAGACCAUGUCUGUGCAGAAUGUGGGAGAGCUUUCACAGAGAGCUCCAAACUAAAACGACAUUUCCUUGUUCACACUGGAGAAAAGCCCUUCCAGUGCACAUUUGAAGGAUGUGGAAAGCGCUUUUCUCUGGACUUCAACUUGCGUACCCAUGUGCGUAUCCACACUGGGGAGAAGCGUUUCGCUUGCCCUUUUCGUGGCUGCAACAAGAAGUUUAUUCAGUCAAAUAACUUGAAAGCUCACCUCUUAGCUCAUACCAAGACCCAAAUGGACCAGUGA